AUGGUUCGUGCUGAAGACGUCCCUCUCGUCAAGCAGUGGUACCUUGAGCACGUUCCUGGCGGUCAGCCUGUCAAGGUCCGAGUCUCUUACCAGAAGUUGCUCAAGAGUUACGUUCUCAACGAGUUGCACAAGAAGCCACCAAAGGCUCAGAACAGGCAAAACUUGAUGAGCACUCUCAAACAGACAAAGUUCUUCCAGCAGACCACCAUUGAUUGGGUUGAGGCAGGUCUUCAAGUCUGCAGACAGGGCUUCAACAUGCUCAACCUGUUGAUUCACCGCAAGAACUUGACCUACCUGCAUCUUGAUUACAACUUCAACUUGAAGCCCAUCAAGACCUUGACUACCAAGGAGCGCAAGAAGUCACGCUUCGGUAACGCUUUCCACUUGAUGCGUGAAAUCCUCCGUUUGACCAAACUUAUUGUCGAUGCACAGGUACAGUACAGACUUGGUAACAUUGAUGCUUUCCAGCUUGCCGAUGGUAUCUUGUAUGCCUUCAACCACGUUGGUCAGCUUACUGGUAUGUACCGUUACAAGUACAAGCUCAUGCACCAGAUCCGUACCUGCAAGGAUUUGAAGCAUUUGAUCUACUACAGAUUCAACUCCGGCCCCGUCGGUAAGGGUCCUGGUUGCGGUUUCUGGGCUCCUGCAUGGAGAGUCUGGCUCUUCUUCAUGAGAGGUAUCAUCCCUCUCCUUGAGCGCUGGUUGGGUAACCUUCUCUCGAGACAGUUCGAGGGUCGUCACAGCAAGGGUGUUGCCAAGACAGUCACCAAGCAGAGAGUCGAGUCUCACUUCGAUCUCGAGCUGCGUGCCUCGGUCAUGGCUGACCUGAUGGAUAUGAUGCCUGAGGGCAUCAAGCAGAACAAGGUCAACCUUGUCCUUUCACAUCUGUCAGAGGCUUGGAGAUGCUGGAAGUCUAAUAUUCCCUGGAAGGUUCCUGGUCUUCCUGCACCUAUCGAAAACAUCAUUCUCCGUUACGUCAAGAGUAAGGCCGACUGGUGGAUCUCCGUCGCCCACUACAACCGUGAGCGUAUUCGAAGAGGUGCUACCGUCGACAAGACUGUAGCCAAAAAGAACCUUGGUCGCCUGACUCGUUUGUGGUUGAAGGCUGAGCAGGAACGCCAGCACAACUACAUGAAGGAUGGUCCUUACGUCUCGUCCGAAGAAGCUGUCGCCAUCUACACUACAACCGUUCACUGGCUCGAAUCGAGAAAGUUCCAACCUAUCCCCUUCCCCAGUGUUUCAUACAAGCACGACACCAAGAUCCUCAUUCUUGCUCUUGAGCGUCUGCGUGAAGCAUACUCAGUCAAGGGCCGUCUCAACCAAAGUCAGCGUGAGGAGUUGGCCCUUAUCGAACAGGCCUACGACUCGCCUGGAACCACUCUUGCACGUAUCAAGCGUUUCCUGCUUACUCAGCGUGCCUUCAAGGAGGUCGGCAUUGAUAUGAACGACAACUAUUCGACCAUCAACCCAGUCUAUGACAUUGAACCCAUUGAGAAGAUCACAGAUGCUUAUCUCGACCAGUACCUCUGGUAUCAGGCAGACCAGAGACAUCUCUUCCCUGCUUGGAUCAAGCCUUCAGACUCUGAGGUGCCCCCUUCUUACCUACAAGUGGGCUCAAGGCAUCAACAACCUGGACAAGGUCUGGGAGACUGCUGA